UAUUUCCCGCCGUUUGGGGGCAUGGGCCAGCCUCUGGGCUCCUUCGAGCAGAGCUUUCACGUGUACCCUGUCUCCUUCAUAGAUAAGGCUCAUUUGGAGAAUGGCGAUAAAGUCAUUAUGCCUCCCUCUGCCCUCGACAGGCUUGCGUCGCUGCACAUAGACUACCCCAUGCUCUUCGAGGUGCACAAUACAGCGGCCAAUCGCACGUCGCACUGCGGCGUGCUGGAGUUCAUUGCAGAGGAGGGCUACGUGUACAUGCCAUACUGGAUGAUGCAGAAUCUGCUGCUACAGGAGGGCGACAUAGUGCGAUUCAGAAACGCCACCCUCCCCAAGGGCACCUACGUGAAGCUGCAGCCGCACACCAAGGACUUCCUCGAUAUCUCCAACCCCAAAGCCGUCCUGGAGAUGACCCUGCGGUCGUUUUCCUGCCUGACGAAAGGGGAGAGCAUAAUGGUGGCGUAUAACAACAAGCGCUACUUCAUAGACGUGGUGGACGCGCGCCCAGGGGCAGCCAUCUCCAUCAUCGAGACCGACUGUGAGGUCGACUUCGCCCCGCCCCUCGAUUAUGUGGAGCCGCCCAGAGCCCCUGCCGUGGCCAGUCAAGCAGCAGCAGCCACGUCUGCCGGUGCUGGUGGUGGCAGUGAGGCUGGCGGGAAGAAGAGCGCUGGGAAAGAUGGCAAAGCAGACGCAGCCCCCCCACCCGAGGAGCCCGCCUUCACACCAUUCGUCGGCACUGGCAGGCGUUUGGACGGCCGCCCAGCAGCCUCCCCCUCCUCCACUGCCACGUCAGCAGCUGCCACGUCAGCAGCAUCAAGAGAGGGCGUAUCUGGGGCAGGCGGGGCUGGUGGGGCUCGUGGCAGUGCUGGUGGCACUGGUAGUAGUAGUGCUGCUGGUGGUGCUGGUGGUGGUGCUGCGAGUGGGGGAAGGAAGGAGGGACGGCUGGUGUUUGGGUCGGGAGACGGAGCACCGCGAGCGGGCCCCAGGGCUCCAAAGAAAAAGGAGGAGCCUCAAAAGGAAGAACCUCAGAAGCCAUCCUUCCAAGCUUUCACUGGAAAGGGUUAUUCUCUGCGCUGA